UUCUCGAAGUGCGUCUGCUUGCAACAUUUCAAAAAUGGCUUCUUGUUCUUGGGCGGAGGUCUGAAGACCCAUCCAAAAAUCUCCUCAUUUCCAACGCAAAACAUCACCCCAACCCCAUCAGAGAUCGCUCGUGACUGACCCUCUUUUCUUUCCCCCAGAACAAGCCAACACUCCAAGCGUUGAUUGUCACCACACAGGCAGAGACACCCCGUUUCUUUCCUUCCUUUCCACCUUCCAACGCUCACCACACACGGACACAGAUACUCUGUUUUCUGUAGUUCUCUUUCGAGAGGAUGGCUGUCACCAAAGUUAUCCCACGCCAAAUCUCGUACAACACUCUCUACGUGAACCCCCUGAACGACACCAAGCACGUCCGGAGCUGCAGCGAAGGAGUCACCCUCGAAGGCCACUCGAAUCACAGCCCUGUUAAGCUCGGCGGCAACAGGGAGAAUGCCCGUCCCAGCCAGGAACAGGAUGCGGCGUCUGGAGAUGAUAAAGAGAAUGCGGCUCCGAGAACUUGGUCUUCGGCUGUUUCCAAGAAUUCGUCGAAUCUGAAGUCUUUGUCCACGGGGAAAGCUCUGAACUUGAAGCCGUCUUCUCUUCAGUUCUGCAUGCAGAUGCAAGAGAAAGACUCGGCUUUGGGGUCCAAAUUAAGGGACCCAAUUGGGUCAGAGAACUCGCAUUCUAUGAAUAUCUGGGAUUACUCUGACUCGGAGGCAGCUCCAGCUUCGUCUUGGUCUACACUGCCAAAUAGGACUCUGUUGUGCAGACCAUUGCCUGUGGACAUUGGGAGGUGCACUUGUGUUAUUGUGAGGGAAACUUCUGUUGACGGAGUUCGUGGUGGUACUCUGUAUUCUCUAUAUACCAACGAAGGUAAGGGACGACAAGAUCGAAAACUAGCUGUUGCCUUCUGCAAGCGACGCAAUGGAAAAUCCAUCUUCACCAUAGCUCAGUCUGUGAAAGGCUUAUUAUCCAAUGGCGAUGAUAGUUACAUCGGUGCAGUAACAGCCAAUGUCAUGGGUUCAAAGUACCAUAUAUGGGAUCAGGGGGUCUCUUUGAACUCUGUAGCUAGACGAACUAAAGCUCUUUUAGCAGUUGUAACAUUUGUGCCUACCAUAGCCACUUGGACAGGAAGCCACAGGACCAUGAGAGCUUACAUACCGAAGCACCAAUCAAUGCAGCUGAAGAACGCAACUCAUGUUCCACAUGUCAGUGGACUCCCGAACGACUGGGAGGAAAGAACAGAUAGAGUCCAUCAGCUAGUCUCAAGGGUUCCACAGUACAAUAAGAUCUCUAAGCAAUACGAGUUAGAUUUCAGAGACAGGGGAAGAGCUGGACUUAAAAUCCAGCGAUCGGUCAAGAAUUUCCAGCUCAAGUUGGAGGAGAAUGGUAAGCAGACAAUCCUGCAGCUCGGACGGGUGGGAAAAUCUAAAUAUGUCAUGGAUUACAGGUACCCUUUGACAGGUUAUCAAGCAUUCUGCAUUUGUUUGGCCUCCAUGGAUUCAAAGCUAUGCUGCACAGUGUGAUGACACUUGCUUGCCCUCCUGAAUUUGUAGUUCAAUCUCUGAAUACAGAUGUCAGAUGUCGUAUCUACUUCUUUUGGGUGCUAUCCCACUACUUCAUACAGAAGCAGAGUGGCACCAUUUUUGUAGAGGCAAAACAUGUCAAGACGACAACGAUGGGCCGUUUUAGAGGCAAAGCACAUGUAUCUCUUGCCGUCCCAUCUUCCAAAUCAAAAAGGACAUUUCCUUCUUUA